UCGUCGUGAUCUAUUCCCUUUAUUUCCAGUGGCAUUCUCUUAGGGGCAUGCUCAAUUUUCAAGAGCUGGAUUUUGGAUCAUUUCCUCCGAGAGUUCCUCCCCAUUUGAAGAUGAGUUGGGUUUUUGCAAACGUGCGUGUGCAGUAGUUCAGUCUUCCACGCGGAAGACCUGCCUAUUUUGCACAGGGCUGGCGCCCGCGGCGGACGCUGAAUUUGUUAGCGUUACAUCGCCAGAUGGCGCCGCCCGCCCGUCGAGUCGGAGCGGUUCCGGCUCCCCGCAAGGCCUCGCGCCAGCUUCGACUCGCGACACGUCCCCCCCUCCCUUUUCUUCCCCGCAGGUAAGACGGUUGGGCGGUGACGGUACCAGCAUGUAGAGGGAGGGCCCACGGGAGGGCGUGGCUUUUGCUCGCGGCUCUCUGCUCUGCUGCUGCCGCCGUUCUCGGAGCGGCUGUCUUCUGCCCCUCGCUGUUGGUUCGAAUUACUAAGUGAAACGCGGGGCGAGGCGGGUGCUUUGACUUGGCAGCGGAGGGGAGGAAAGGAGUAAAGAAGCCGAGGGCGCUGCCGUCGCGUUCUCGGCCGUUGGCUAUGAGUCCCGACGAAAAGCCGCCGCCGGCGCCGCCGUCGUCUUCCUCCCGGAGUGGCCAAGCGCCUCAUCAGCAGAGGCGCGGAGGACUCCUGACGGAGAUUCAGACGCCCCUUCUCACGGAGCCCUUCCACGCCUGCUACACCCUCAGCCCCGGACGCGAGCUCGGCAGGGGGAAAUUUGCAGUAGUAAAGAAAUGUGUAAAGAAAGAGACUGAAAAAGAGUUUGCAGCAAAGUUCAUGAGGAAACGAAGAAAAGGCCAAGACUGUCGAAUGGAGAUAAUUCAUGAGAUUGCAGUUCUGGAAUUGGCACAACGCAAUCAGUGGGUUAUUAACUUGCAUGAAGUGUAUGAGACCCCAACAGAAAUCAUUUUGGUUUUGGAAUAUGCUGCUGGUGGGGAAAUCUUUGACCAGUGUGUAGCUGAAAGAGAAGAUGCCUUCAAGGAAAAAGAUGUUAAGCGUCUCAUGAGGCAGAUUUUGGAAGGAGUUUCAUUUUUACAUCAAAAUAAUGUAGUUCAUCUUGACUUGAAGCCACAAAACAUUUUGCUAACUUGUGAAUCGCCAUUGGGAGACAUUCGGAUAGUUGACUUUGGACUUUCCAGAGUAAUGAAAAAUAGUGAAGAACUAAGAGAAAUUAUGGGAACACCUGAAUAUGUUGCUCCAGAAAUUCUAAGUUAUGAUCCAAUCAGCACUGCAACAGAUAUGUGGAGCAUUGGAGUGUUAACAUAUGUCAUGCUGACUGGAGUAUCACCUUUCUUGGGGAAUGAUAAACAGGAAACAUUCUUAAAUAUAUCUCAGAUGAAUGUAAAUUACUCUGAAGAUUUUGAUCUUGUAUCUGAAUCUGCUGUGGAUUUCAUCAAAUCUCUUUUGGUUAAAAAACCCGAGGAACGGGCAACAGCAGAAGAAUGCUUGCUGCAUUCUUGGCUGGCACAAACUGAUAUUUCUGAUACAAUAUGCUGGAUUAAAAACACAGAAGACGAAACAAAUACCAUUAUUAUAAAUGAAGACUCUACUUCUGAAAAUUCUACAGAUGGAGAAAAAACAGAAGAAACAGUAACAGAAGAGCUCAUUUUAGUAGCUUCAUAUACACUGGGUCAAUGUAGGCAAACAGAAAAAGAUAAAAUUGUUGAACAGAAAACUAUUUCAAAGCGAUUUAAAUUUGAGGAACCAUUACUACAAGAAAUACCUGGAGAAUUUAUUUAUUGAAUUGCAGCUUGCUUCUGCUUUGAGGCUUUGAACUUUAUCUUGUAAGAUUGGCCCUUUCCCCUUAGACCAGCUUAUGUACAGCCAAAUGACAUUCAUAUAAAAAUGUUCUUGUAAAGCAGAAGGAAAAAGUUAAAUAGUUGUUUAGAAAACUGCCAAACACCUUA